AGCAACGCCCCUGUAAUCUCGCGGCCUCGGUAGCCAUCGCGAGAGGAGAAGUUUACUUUGCUGCUAUCUUUGUGAUCAGGCUGGCAGGAGAGAAUGAAGAGCGGAAGCGGCGCCUGAGGGACUCUCCGCAGCUGGAAUGUAAGGGCCGGUUUGGCAGGUAACAUAAUGAAUGAUGUUUCUUCUUAAAAUAAAGUUUCAGGAGGGGAGUGACUCAUGGACAACUUCAGGAUUUAUUAGUAAUGUCCCUUCGGUUACCUUUGGGAAAAUGUAUUUAUAUAGUAAUUCCUAAAAAAAGCCUGUGGGGUAAACAAACAACCAGGCAUCUGUACUAUUUGUACAGACCAAAGUUUUUUUGGAGACUAAGUCAUGCUCUUCCGCUUAGAGUUUUACACACAAGCAAAACAUGUUGCAAAGGGACCCGAGGCAAAACCUGGUGGAGUGACACCCAUCUUAAUUGUUAUGCUUUUGUAUAUAACGCAGUUUUGAAACUUAGCACUUCUAAGGAAUUGACAAAAACAAACAGUCGCAUGUCACGUUUCAAGAACACUUUAGAAUCUGUCUCAAAAGCUGUGUCUGGAACUCACAGUGAGCUGGUUUCACGGAUCGCUCGCCUGAAGCCGUAUUCUAGUAUCUUGAGCAAAGCGGUUGAAAAUGAUGGCAAAGGGAAUCGCUUUCUUACGAACGCAGAAAAUGAUGGCCAAGCUACUGAUAACAGAAGUCAAAAAGGCUACAAUGACAGUUUAGACGACAAGAAUUCUGUGUCCACAAGUGGAAGUUUGGAUUCUAACGGUGCUACUCAACGCUCUGUAAAGGAUCUCGCAGACGUAAAAAAUAGUCUUUUUCAUGUUAGCUAUUUUACUACAAGCUUUGGAGAAACUUACAACUUUCUAGCCAAUCACAUCAACUGGUACUUUAGUACUGGAGGCAUGGCUCAAGGAAAACAAGGAGAUGCCUCUCCCCCGAAACCACAGGAUCAGGAGGGAAGGACACCUAUUUCAUCAGAGGAUGACAUACUAAGUAACGAGAAUAGGAUGGAUGCAGUGUCUGCUUUAAUACCUGCAGCACAAUCUCCGGAUGCUGAGAAGGCCAGUGUUGCCACUCCAAUUUCCAGCAAAAAGAGCAUUACAAGUUUUCUUUCAUAUCCUACCAAUAGCGUACAGGCCUUUGUGGAUAGUUACAUUGGAGGUCUGGUGCCCAAGUUACGAUCUGACCCCAAAGCUGCCUUGCAAGAAAAGAGCAAAACACAGGAUCAGGAGGAGAUGAUGAAAGAUGAUGAGGAGGCCAAGCAGGCAGAAGAAAAGGAAAAGAGGUUAUCUCUACAAAGGGAAAAGAUAAUUGCAAAGGUGAGUAUAGAUAACAGAACCCGGGCUUUAGCCCAAGCUUUGCGAAGAUCAUCUAAUAGAAGAGUCUGUAUCAACAGGGUGGAAGAACUGACAUACCAUCUCUUGGAAUUUCCAGACAGUAGAGGAGUUGCUAUUAAGGAAAAAAUCAUUCCAUGCUUAUUGCGGCUGAGACAGUCAACUGAUGAAGCUCUUCAGGCUGCUGUUAGAGAGGCCUUAGCUGUAAUUGGAUAUUCAGACCCUGUAAAAGGAUGGGGCAUUCGCGUUCUCACCAUUGAUGGUGGGGGGACAAGAGGUUUAGUGGCACUUCAGACUCUCCGUAAACUAGAAGAGCUUACCGGAAAGCCUGUUCAUCAUCUUUUUGAUUAUAUUUGUGGAGUGAGUACAGGUGCUAUACUGGCAUUUAUGUUGGGAUUAUUCCAUAUCCCUCUCGAUGAGUGUGAAGAACUUUAUCGCAAAUUGGGAACAGAUGUUUUUAAACAAAAUGUCAUUGUUGGAACAGUUAAAAUGGGCUGGAGCCAUGCAUUUUACGACAGUGAAAUGUGGGAGAAGCUUCUUAAGGAAAGAAUGGGAUCGUCUGUUAUGAUUGAAACAGCAAGAAAUCCCAGAUGUCCCAAAGUGGCUGCAAUAAGUACCAUUGUUAGCCGAGGAACGCCACUGAAAGCCUUUGUUUUUAGAAAUUACAAUCAUCUUCCUGGAGUCAAGUCUCACUAUCUUGGGGGCUGCCAGUACAAGCUGUGGCAAGCUAUCAGAGCAUCGUCUGCUGCCCCCGGGUAUUUCCAGGAGUAUGUACUGGGUAAUGACCUUCAUCAGGAUGGAGGACUGCUUUUAAAUAAUCCAACAGCUUUGGCAGUGCAUGAGUGUAAAUGUCUUUGGCCAAAUGUGCCACUACAAUGCGUUGUAUCCUUGGGAACAGGACGAUAUGAGAGCGAGGGGAAAACCCACGUCACUUACACAAGUUUGAAGGCUAAAUUGACUAAUGUCAUAAGCAGUGCUACUGAUACCGAAGAGAUCCAUACUAUGCUGGAUGCCCUUCUACCCCCAGACACCUACUUCCGAUUUAAUCCUCUGAUGAAUGAAGAUAUAGCUUUGGAUGAAAAUCGUAAAGAAAAGCUUAACCAGCUGCAGACAGAUGGCAUCCGUUAUUUAGAAAGAAAUGAAGAAAAACUGAAAAAAGCUGCCAAAAUAUUAACACAAGAAAAAAACACUCUGCAGAGAUUGAAUGACUGGAUGAGAUUAAAAGCUGACAUGUAUGAAGGCCUUCCAUUUUUUUCCAAAUUGUGAACAAUGUAUAGCAUGAAAGACGAUAGGUGUAAAUCUUGUUUCAGAAAUCUGUGUUAAAAGGGAUCAGCAUUUAUUAGUUAUUGUGUAAUUAUAAAUAUAAUGAACAAGAUGAGCUGGAAGACACUGCAGUCAGCAGUUGCUCACAACAAACUGCAUUGGUUGGAUCCAAAGAUCCUGCUGUCCAAAUGAAAAGAGAGGGUGCCAGGUUUUUCUUCUUUGCGUCCUCCUUCCUCUCCCUCCUCCCUAAGUCUACAGCUCUGAGGCUUCUGAAGCCUCUUUGAAGCCAAGUUUCAGAAGGACACAGAUGGGUCUGUGGAUAAUACACACUUUUGUGCAGUCAAAAGCUCAUUCCGCUCAUGCAGAGGAAUUUCUGGAUUCAUAAUUUCCUUUACCAUUUCUUAAAGUUUGUGUUCAUUGGGUUAGUGAAAUACCAAGCUUUCAAAACCUGGCAUUAGUACUAAUAACUGUAAAAUGCUGCUGUAUUUUUUUAACCUUACAUUUGUUAAAUUUGUCUAAAUUAUGAAAAAGAAAUUUUGGUUUCAGACUUGCAUGCCAAAAUCAUGUGGACAAGAACUGUAUGUGUGUACAUUAUUCAAUGGCUUUGAAAUGGAGGAAGAGAACCAAUCUAAUUGGAUAGAUUUCUUUGCUGAAAGAUAUGGCACAGUAAAUAAAACUGAUUUUAGCUCCAUUUAAAUUAAUGAAAUGAAACAGUUUUGAAUCUCUUGAUAGCAGUUCAAAUAGAUUGCAAAAUGGGUUGCAGUGUAUUAUAUGCCAGCAGUAUGUUCCAAGUUUGGGAUAUUGCCAUUAAACACCAUUCCUUCUGUUUAAUGACAUUGUGAAUUGCCUUAUGACGUGGUUAUUGCAUGUUAAAUUAUUAGAUUUUGAAAUGGUAAAAUACCCUGAAUAAUACAUGUUUGAGUCUGCAUAUUUCACCUAAUUUGCUUCACCCAAGUCUGUAUUUGGUUGAUUACAGUAAGGUCUAAUUUAAUUAAUAUGUAUUUAAUUCCUGAAAAAAAUAUUUUAAAGAACUUUUUUCUAGAUUCUAUUUCUAAGUAAAUUUUGCUUUUAAAAGUGACCCUAAUCCUUUAAGGAAGGAUAAACAUUUGUAAAAUUAUACAUUAUGCACUUGUAAUAUGGUUCCAUUUGUGAUAUAUAUUAAGCCUAGCUUAAUUAACACACAAAAUAAACAAGUUUACUCAUGUGCCGUA